AUGGAGCGACAGGAGAAGGAUCAGACAAGAAGUAUUUAUGAUUUCUUUAAACGACCAGCAUUCUCCAAACCUAACCAACAUCUUACCCCGAAAAAGCAACAAAAAACCUACCUACCAUCUUCGCCGGAAUGCCCCAUUGAUCUCACUUCCAAAGCAUACGAUGACCCGGUCCCAUUCAGCAUCCAAGUGCCUUUGAGAAAGCCGGCACUCCCCGUUGAUCCAGAACCCGACGAUGAGUUGCAGUCAUCGCUCAUUGAAUCAGUGAACAAUAGAAUCUCGACACCAACGCCAACACAAAGCCCCACGCCCGCACCAACACAAAGCUUCGAAAGCAUCCAAAGCACGACUGAUACUCUGCCGUCCUUGCAAAAUGGGAAUCUCCAAAAUUCUCAGCGGAUCGUCAAAGGAGGCAAGGAAGUGGUCAUCAGCUCCGAUGGAGAAGAAACGGAUUCCGAUAGCUCAAUAUUCGAAGAUCCGGCUUUGUUAAUUGGCUCAAGACCGAAGCCAGCCGAGAAGCCGAGGCCCAAAAUCAUUUCUGCGCCGAAACAUAUUGCGACGACACCGAAGAAAUAUAAGAACACCAUUGAUGCACUUGUACACGGGGCUGUUGACGAUAAUGAGACAGAAGCUAAUGUCGCCAGGGCGAGGGCCAUCUUCAAUCAGCGCAAUAGCACGGUAAUCGACUCAGGUGAAAAGACCAACAUACACGAAAACAUGUUGAAAUCAGCUUUGGGCGAAAAAGAAAAUGAUGAUGACGGGAUAGGUGUUCAACGUUUACUGGAUGCCGUCCGAAGAACCGAGGCCCUUGAUCUAGACAAGACCUGGCGGUUCUUAGAUCAGACCCAGGAUUCACCGAUUCCGGUGGAAUUCCCCAAGGAUCGGUUCGCCCCUGAUUCACACCUAGCGGUUCUGCGGGAGCCGGAAUCUCGAGAACGUGCUUUUCAAUCUGGCGUUCUUGAAUUUGCCGCGUCAUUGCAACGUCUACCAGAUGAGCUUAUCCUGUGGCUCUUCCGCUCUACUGACCAUGGAUUAGUGCCCUACGAGCCUCGGGAAGAGCUCAGACAAGCUUAUGUUAGAGUGUUGACGAUUGCCCCCAAGCAACCCGAUGGCGCACAGAUAAAAUCUGUUCUUUACCCAGGUCACAUCGAUGAACUUUUUCGACCAUUAAGAGUGAAGCCAGCUGCUUUGGAUUUUUCCAAGGCUAUCGUUGAAGAUUAUCAUGAUCGUAAGCUUCGUCUCCCGCCGUUUGCCAACGACACCCGAGAGCGUGCAAUUCAGAUACUUCUGCGUAUUUCUUUGGACACGGCGCUCACAGAAGACUAUAUGAUCCGCUCGGAGCUUCAAAGCUGCAUCGGUGCACUUUUUCAAAGUGUGCCCGCAUCCGAUGCCGAACAGACUGAACAUCGAAUUUGCAAAAUUGUAUAUGAUACCUUUCGGGAGCCGCAAUUUCAAAGUCGCAUGCUACAGAACAUCCUCCCCACCACCAUGUGGAUUUCGCGGCUACGAUACCGUCUCGCUGUGGCAUUUUUGCUUCGAAAUGACGCCGCGUUGACGGAACCUAUCCAAGAUGUUUUGGAUUUGGGACGGCUGACUCACUUUUUAGCCAGUGAUGAGCGCUUUCAAGUAAAGGCAUAUAAGGCGAGAGGUGAUUAUGACUACGGCGAGUUGACUGCGAACGCCAUACUUCUCGACAUCGCCAUCAAUACCGCUCUUUCUGAUCUGAACUACCAGGGCGAGGAUACGGACAAAAGGUUCAACGAGGCCAUUGAUAUUCUCGCGGCGCAGAUCAAGAGGACCUUCAGUUCGAUCGAAGAUACAGGCGCAUCUCACCUGAAACGGAUGUUAGCUAAAGAAACCCUGGAGUCAGUACAUUACCGCAUGCUGUACUCUGUUCGGUCCAAGCCUCCACCCAAAAAGUCAGCGUUCAAAUCAUCUGCGAAGCAGACGAAUGGAACCAUCAGUAGUCACUUCAAGCCAAGGACUAUAGACCGUCCGGACGAGCUUCCGAUGCCGAUCCGUCGAUACGGAACACCUUGA